AUUCCCCAGCAGAGCUAUAAAAUAUAAUUUAAAGCUUGCAAUGACAUCCCUUAUGAAAUAUUUGCGCACAGAUUGUGAAAACAACAUUCCUAUCAGCCACUGAAUUAUUAUAAUUGAGUCCUGGUAAUUGUUCCGUGAACAAGAAACAUUAUGACGCCAGUCUURUGCGUAUUCAAGCGUAAUUUGCUAGCGUUGCUUCUGAUCAAAACAUUAUCAGCAAACUUSYASAAGGAUUACUUGCUGAGCUUGUAGUACUUUUUGUAAUAAUGGCAAAAUUCUCAUGUCCAGUUUUUACAACGUCUUUUUUCGUGUUUGUGUGUGGAGGUGGAUAUAUCGCUAUUCUAGUUCUAUUUUGGACUGAGUUAGUUAAAGGUUCUACGCUAAAGAUCAACUGGUUCCGUUCGAGUAAUGCUUCUUCGGUAGAUAACGUCGACUCGACUKCCGAGGGUUUGCUUUCAGGUUGGAUUCUAGUUGGUGCCGUUUUGACAGCAGCUGUAACUGUUAUAACUGGGUUUUUGGGAGUCAUCAGUGCGUGUCGUGGAGGACAAUGCGAG